AGAAAAAAAUACAUAUUAAAAAUCUGUCAAAAAUAAGCUUUUCUCUCUUUUCUUUCUUUUCUAACUAGUCCCCUUAAUUAAUUAUAAUAUGCUUGCUGAUACUAAGAACAGACAUAGUAAUGACUCGUUUAUACCUUCUUUAUGUUCAUCUUCGGUAUCCAGCCUAAACAUCAUAGCCAACAACAAUUGCUUCACACCGAGUGCGCCUACUACACCUACCACGUCUACACCUACUUGUACUACUACCAACUCCACCACCACUGCAAUGAAUGGAGCUACUACCCAUACUGUAAAACACAAACGAUGGGAUGAGUCACCAUUUGCUAUUGAAUUAUGUGAUGACAAUAUAAUAUCUUGUAAUAAUAAUAAUAAUGAGCAUCAUUUCAGCUUUAAACAAAAAUUUAGAGAUACAUUUUCUUCUAUGCAGAAUCAUCAUCAUCUUCACCACAGUAAUAAUAUGUCUCAUGAUACCACUUUACUCUAUACGUCAUCCUCUGAUCCCAAUAACAGUAAUCAUUUUUUCUCAUCCUCAUCAGUACCGUCAACGACAUCGUUUUCUUCAUUUUAUAGUAGCAGUAAUAGCAGUAGCAAUGAUAAAAGCAGAAGAAACCGAAAGUUUGGCAAAAUGUCAUCUUCAUUCAAAAAGCUAAAAAAUUUGCUGUCAUUAUCAUGAUCUAUCUCUAACUUAUGUAAAUCUAUAUAUAUUAUAUAUAUAUAUAGAUACGUCCCUUUUUACCAACACUUUACCACUACUUAGGAUCCCCCACUUCCCCCCCCCAUCC